ACUGAAAGGCAUUUACGAUAUUGUCAAUAAAUCGAAACAUUCUCAAGCCAUGGCGCCCAGGAUAUUGAUAUUCGGAACCGGCAGUAUUGGUGCAGCUUACGCUUACAUCCUCUCUCGAGCCGUGCCGGCCAGCAAUAUCGUCACUGUCUGCCGAAGCAAUUUUGAGGCUGCUUCACAAAACGGCUUCACCAUCCACUCUUCUCUGUGGGGAGAGAACCAAAAAGUGCAACCUGUUGUUGUUCGGUCAGUAGACGAGGCUGCUCCGACCGAUCCCGAACUUGGAUUUGAUUAUGUUCUCAUCACAUCCAAAGCAUUGCAAACGGUUCCGUCAACUCCGGAGCUGAUCAAACCCGCCAUCUCACCCAAGACCACCAUUGUGCUGAUACAGAAUGGGAUCGGAAUCGAGGAGCCAUAUGUCAAGUUGUUCCCUAACAAUCCGUUGUUGAGCACUGUCGUCUAUCUCCCUGCUACUCAGACGGCUCCUGGAGUUGUGCUGCACAAGGAACUUGAGCUGCUUCACAUUGGAUCAUAUCCUGCUUCUUCCAACACAAAAUCUGCAUCAAAACUUGCAGACCUCCUCACAUCCGCUGGUGCGUCAUCGAAAGUUCACGAAGAUGUUCAGUUCGAGCGCUGGUCGAAGCUUCUGAUCAAUGCUUCUUGGAAUCCGAUUUGUGCUCUCACACGCUCACGAGAUGUGCAGGUUCUGAGGUCCAGCGCUGAAGCAGAGGAGUAUGUUCGCGAUGUUAUGCUCGAGAUUGCGGCUGUCGCCAACGCUUGUGGUUAUCAGGAGAUCAAUGCUGCCCUGAUAGAUUUCCAGCUGGGCCGCGCGGUUGCCCGUGACCUUCCAGGUGUGGAGCCAAGCAUGAUGGCGGAUGCCUUGGCUGGGAGAAAGAUGGAAGUUGAGGCUAUUGUUGGGAACGUGGUUAGGAUUGCCAAAGAACGUGGCGUGAAGACACCUUUGCUGAGGUCGAUUUAUGUUCUAGUAAGUGCGUUGGACAGUAGCUUUGGCUCCAAGGCCUAGUCAUUUGUCGAGAGAAGGAAGAUUCAUAGAUAGUCCCUGCUUAGAAAGCCUAUUUAGAAAGCGUUGCUGCACUAUCCUGCACUGUUCCUGCAUUAUUUCUCCAAUGUGUCUUAAGUUUUACAAGUACAUGUGAAAUAGAUGGGCAUAGAGUCAUGGGUCGUGAAGCUUGAAGAGCCU